CCCACCUCUUCAUCUGAUGUCAACUAUGCCGGGUACGAGUGACGAGUGUCCCUCAGGCGUGACAGGCAGACGGCAACAAGGUUGGUUCACUGUCGCCCGAGAAGGUGCAGGGCUGUGCCACCCAUCAGACUUUCAAUAUAAGUCACUCAAACUCUCUUGUCGUCCCUCUCUCACCACCACCACCUGUCGUUCCCACCUACACCUCCCCUCCCCCUCCCUAUCCCGUACUCUCCCUCUUCACCUUUUAUACCCAAGCCUACAAUCUACAAGCAAAAAUCAACGACGAUAGAGGUCCUUCACGAGAGGUCCUUCCGUCACAUCAUCACACACCAUGGACAGACCGUCACAAGAACAAAAACAACAGCAGCAGCCCGCGGUCGAAGUCCCGGCCCACGACAACUACAUGUCGUCCGCCUCCGGCCCGCCGCCUGAAUACCAACAACACCACCAAGCACCACUCGACCACCAACAGACCGGCACCGCGAUGCCCAAAUACGGUGGCCCCGCCAACACGCCGCCUCCGCGGUCCUACGGCGCCUACGAACCCCCAGCGCCCCAGAGCUUCCCGAUGCACAACGGCGGCGGUCCCCAGAACUUCCAGCCCUACGGCACGCCCUUGCCCUCCCUCGGCCCGCACCCGGCCCCAGUUGAGUGCCCCGAGUGCCACGCCCGCGGCGUCACGGCCGUCGAGUACUCGUCCGGCGGCUUCACCCACGCUCUGGCCGCCAUCGUCUGUUUCGUCAGCUGCCUGGGGUGCAUCCCCUACUUCUUCACUUCGCUCAAGGACGCGAGGCACAAGUGUUCCAAGUGCGGCAUCCCUCUGGCGACGUACCAUCGCAGUGGAAAGACCGAAGUCCAUUGGCACCACGCCUACAACGGAUGAAGAGGCGUCAAGAACAUAAAAAUGGCUUGAAGAACGCGGAGAGCGGUGUGAACAGCCUAUUUCAUAAAUAAUACAUCCACCCGGCUGAUGCGGUGGAUAGAACGCUGCCAGAUUGAUGGUUGGCUUUGGGAAAGUUCGUUAGCACAGAUCAUUAUUAUCACGCGAGGCGCAUAGGAUACCCUUUCUUCUUCCCCCCCCUUUUUUUUCUCUCCUGUAAUUCGGAGCACAUAGUAUUAAACCGAUUUUUGGCU